AUGAACACAAAUAUUCCAUACCCUAUUAGAUUAAAGACAUGUCUUAGAAUGUGCGUUCAACGGUUAAGAUAUGCACAAGAAAAACAACAAGCCUUAGCUAAACAAGACAGAAGACGUGUUGCUACUCUACUUGCUCAGGGAAAAGAACAAAUGGCUUAUUAUAGAGUCGAAUCUUUGAUCACUAAUGAUAUACAUAUAGAACUGUUAGAGAUUCUAGAACUUUACUGUGAAUUAUUACUAGCAAGGGUUAAUAUUAUCAAUUCAAUAGAAAAUGAACUAGAUUUGGUAUCGAAUCAUAUGGAAGAUGGUAUUAAUGAGGCUGUAAGAGCAUUAGCUUAUUCUAGCUCACUUUAUGUUCCAGAAGUUAAAGAGUUGGCUCAAUUAAAAGAAUUGCUUAUGUGUAAAUUUGGUAGAGAAUUUAUCAAGUCAUUACAAGAUAAUAAAACCGGCGUACCAGAAAAAGUGAUUAAAAAAUGUAUCCCUGAACUCCCACCUGAAAAGUUGGUUAUACUUUAUUUGCAAGAAAUUGCUAAGACAUACGAAGUUCCUUAUAGUAAAUUAGAGGAUUCUGAUUCGGAAAUUUCAUCUACUGUCAACUCGAACGAAAAAAUGACAAACUCCAAUGAAAAUAGUUUUGAUAAUGUUACAGAUAUUAGUGCUAAUCAAUCUGUAUUAUCCCAUUCUGAAAAACCUAUCGUUUCAAUUGAUAAUGAUGCAUCAUAUAAAAAUAUUAAUGAAAAACAUCCAAUUACUGUAAGAAAUGCUAGGAUGACUUCAGAGGAUCCCCAAAAAUCUUUGAAAUUAUCUAAAGACAUGAGAGAUAAGGUUGAGUUUAUUCAUCCAACAACAGCUAAAAAAGAUAAUGAGGCUAAACGUACAGAUACUGACAUAGAAGAGUUAAAAAGAAGAUUUGCAGCCUUACGUCGAUAA